AUGCUUUCUGAUUUGGGUGUUUUUCUUCCGGGCGUUUCUUGGGUUUACAGAUGUUCAAGGGUGCACUGGGGAUAUGGUGUUAAUGUUUGGUCAUGUUUUGCACGCCUAUGUACGUGCGGUUCGCCGACACUUUUAUUCCCCAUGUCUAUGAACGCGAUGAUCUUUUAUGUCGGUAGAUACACAAAAAUGGGGGUUUUUUUCUUGAUUCCCAAACUCGGCAUUAGUAGUAGUAUAGAAUACACACUCGAAAUCUUAUCAGAAGCCUUUUUGCAGUCCUGCCUUGGUAAGCUCUCAGAGCUCCAUUUGCCCCGUGCAUGUUGUGCUGUUUGA